CGUAGGACAAAAGUUAUUUAAAUGAUGUUUUUUUAUUUCUACCCCUCUUUCUUUCUUCCUUAUAACUUUUAUUUCCCUGGUAGUAAUCUAACCCUGGUAAAAGUAAUAAAAUGAUUGAUUUUACAAAGAUAACAACUACAUCUGCAAUGGCAAGUCUAUCCGAAAAAAGACAAAUCAUCUUGGCUACCGCCACUGUUGUGGCAACUGGUCUUGGUGUACUUUACUUAUCUUCUUCAAAGAAAGCAGCAGAUACACCUCGUGGAUACAGAGAAAUACCUACUCCAGGGUCACAAUGGCCAUUUUUCGGACAUCUUCUUUCACUUGGUAAACUUCCUGGAUAUACCGCUGCAAAAUGGAGCAAAGAACUUGGACCAAUCUUUCAGUUGAAAAUGGGCGUACAAACUUGGUUCGUGAUAUCUGAUCCUGUCCUUGCUCAAGAAAUCUUCAUGACUCAUGGUACUGCGACAUCUGACCGACCUCCUCACACGUAUUUUACCUACUAUAGUCAUGGUGGAAGAGGUGUUGCUUGCUCAAAUGCUGAUAAACGAUGGAAACGAGCAAGAGCUGCUUUAUUAUCUAUCUUGGCACCACAACGCGUCAAUCAAUUUACCGAUGUUCUUUUGUAUGAAGCCGAUGCCCUAGUGGAACAACUGAUAUCUCGUACGAAACUAUUUGGUCAGGUGGAUCCUAGUCCUUGUUUACAAAAUGCUGCCAUGAAUUUUAUUUUGACAACUUGUUUUGCCACUCGUAUCAGCUCUGCGGAUGAUCAGCUAUUCAAGGAUAUUAUGGCAUAUGUGCAUGCAAGCAUGAAAAUGGCUGGACCUGAAGGUGAUCUCUGUCAAUUUUUCCCUGUUAUGUCAGUAUUGGAUAUACUUGUGGGGAAGAAACGAAAGUACAGUAAUUUUAUUGCUAAGGUCCGUGAUCCUCUUUUCACCCGAUUGAUUGAUGAAGCUGCUUCAAGUGACAAAGACUCGAUGAUCAAAUCUUUUCUGGCUCUCAAGGAAGAACAUGGCUUGGAUGACAAGGAUGUCAUUGUAACUAUGUCUGAUCUUCUUGGUGGUGGUACUGAUACUAGCUCCGUUUCUUUAUCUUGGAUGAUCGUCAUUUUAUCCCAUCAUCAUGAUGUUCAAAAGAAAAUACAAGCAGAACUCGAUGCCUUUAUUCAAACUCAUGGACGCCUCCCUACCUUUGAAGAACGAGAUCAAAUCCCUUAUACGAUUGCUGUACAAAAGGAAUGUAUGCGUUACAAGUCCACUGGCUUCUUUGGCGUCCCUCAUAUGGCAAGUAGCGAUGUGGUGGUUCGUGAUUAUUUUAUUCCCAAAGGCACUGUAUUGAUAAGUAAUAUGGUUGGCUUGCACAUGAACUCUGAUAUCUAUUCUGAUCCAGAAACUUUCAAGCCUGAACGCUUUUUGAACAACACUCGAACAAUGUCAUCUUCGGCAAAUGGCAAUGUCAAUCAACGUGAUCUUUUCAUCUUCGGUUGGGGAAGACGUAUUUGUCCUGGUAUUUAUUUGGCAGAAGUAGAAAUGUUCCAUAUCUUUGUUCGGAUCUUCGCAAACGCAAGCAUUGCACCUCCUUUGGAUGGUGAUGGUAAAGAAGUACCUAUUGAUAUGGAUGCUGCUUUGGAUGCUGGUCUUGUGACUUUACCCCAACCUUAUCAAGUUAGAUUUAUCCCUCGUGUUGAUUCCCCUUUGAAAUAG